UGUAAAUUUAGCAAAUUCCCCAUCCAUUCUCACAUUUAAACUCAUUCAUUUCCUUCUCCAAUUCCUUGAAUCUCGACUGCUUCCAUCUUCCUGCAAUCGCAACUUGUUUGAUUCGAUCUACACGAAUUCAAGAGAAUGGGCCGAGGUGAAAGCUGUGGCGGUGGCCAGAGUUCUUUAGGCUACUUGUUCGGGAACGGAGAAGGUGAUGGCAACGCUCCACCACCGCCUGAAAACCCAAGCGAUGAUGCAACCACUGAGCCUUCUAAGACAGAACCUUCUGAUAAUAAUAACAGCACUGAAACCGAUCAGCCUUCUGAAAAGCCUCCUUCUGAAUCUGUUAAUAAAAUCAACCAGAAUCCAGAUCAUGAUAGCACAACAAACAAUUACCACAGGGCAGAUGGACAGAACUGUGGCAAUUUCAUCACAAAUCGGCCUUCAACCAAGGUCCAUGCUGCUCCUGGUGGCAGUUCUUCCCUUGGUUACCUCUUUAGCGAUGAGAAGAAAUGAUGGCCUUGCUUUUGUGCAUGUGAGGUACGACCCCUACUCGAUCGCUUGUCCACAACUAGUUAAAGAUGCUAUCGAAUCCGAAUUACAGUUUAUUUGCUGUCAAAAUCAUGUACCUUUUCAUGCCUUGUAACUUGCAAGCUAGUAUACCAAUGAUCUCUAUGCAAGAAUUGCUGCACAUUUGAAGCAGUGUUUAUAAAUAAUUAUUGCUUAACAGAACUUCAAA